AUGCUGGGGCAUUUGAUCGCCGACUCCGGCGCGGUUGACGCCGAGAAUUUGAGCCGAGUCUUCGACGAAGCCAAGCAGCAAGGACAUCCAGAUCGAUGCUACAGCUGGAUCCUGGACAAGCUGAGCUGCGAGCGCGAGCGGGGCAACAGCAUGUACGUAGCCAUGUGGAGGUUAGCGUCGCGGAGGUGUCGCUUUACCAUCAUGGACGCCCCGGGGCACACGGACUUCUCCAAGGACAUAGUGACCGCGAUGUCUCAGGCAGAUAUUGCUGUGCUGGUGGUACCAGCGGCGGAAGAGUUGGAGCAGGGGCAGGAAUGCGAAGGGCAGCUGCGUGAGCAUACAUUGCUGGCCUACACCUUGGGUCUCCGCAGGAUGGUGGUGUGCGUGAACAAGAUGGACGCCGACGCGGUGAAGUUCUCGGAGGAGCGCUUCGCCGCUGCCUGUCAGGUGGUCCGGGAGGGCCUGAACGCGGCAGGGCUGAAGACGCAGGACGUGUACUUCGACGUGCACUUCGUACCUUCCUCCGGCUGGUUGGGGGACAAUGUCAUCGGCCGCUCCGACAACAUGCCGUGGUACUGCGGGCCUACUCUCAUUGAGGCUUUGGAUGAGACGGUGGCUUCGCAUUUCAAGCCCGACCGGCCCUUGCGGUUUCCUUUGCAGGAGGUGAUGAAAGUGGGCGGCAAAGGCACCGUGGUGGUGGGCCGGGUGGCCACUGGCUCCCUGGGCUGCGGCGCACGCCUGGCCUUUGCGCCGGGCACCACGGAGGCGGAGGUGACCGGCAUCACGAUGCAACACGAGUCGCUUACGGAGGCCGUCAGCGGCCACAUGGUCUCGGUCUUCGUGGACGUGGGCAUGAGCGAGCUUCGCCGAGGUAUGGUGGGUUCCGCGCUGGAUGACAACCCGGCUCGGGAGUGUUCCUCCUUCCUGGCGCAGGUCAUCGUUUUGUGCGACCCCCGUGCUGGGGCCAUCCGUGCACACAGCGAACUCACGGUGCAGUGCCAUACCGCACAGGUGAUCUGCGCCUUUGAGGAGUUGCUGUCCCGCACCGAUCGGCGCACAGGCCAAGUCUUGGAGAUGCGGCCGGCGCAGCUUCUGUGCGGGGACGCGGCGCUGGUCCGGCUGCGGCCCCACACGCCGCUCUGUCUGGAGGCCUUUGAGGAGUACCCGGCCCUCGGCCGUUUCUCCGUGCAUGACCAGAAAAUCACGGUGGCGGUGGGCGUUGUGCAGCAGGUGGACCGUGGACCCCAGAGCCAUCCAAUCCGCGCCAGCGUCGCCAAGCCCAAGCCCCGGUCCGGCGGCAGCUCCGGAGCCUUUCGGAGCCGCCACUUCUCGGCGGACUCCGGUGAGGAGAUGGCCCCUCCAGCCACGCCGGUCCUGUCCGCAAGGAAGGCCAAAGUUGUUUCCCCCAAGCUGCGCAGCGAGUCCCGGCGCUAUGCUGCGCAGCCAGCGGCGCAGAUCUCUCCUUUCGCUGCCUUCGGAGCCGUUGCAGCCAGUCAGGUCGGCAAAUUCUGCCACGUUCGCCUUCCUGAGUUCGCCCGACAUGAUCCUGAGAAGGCCUCAAGGCCAGCGAUGCAGAAACUGCAGGCGUGUUUCCUUCAGUUGAGCAAUGGUGCGGACACGGUGCCCACGCACGUCUUCAGGGACCUUCUCCAGAAGCUCCUGCCGCAGGUCUCGGAGCUGGAAGUGAACCUCCUGCUGUCGCCCUGCGCAGUGAGCGCCACUCACACGGAUCUCCGGCGCCUGCUGUCGGAGCUGCAACUCUCCGCCGAGGACGAGCGGGAGCGCCAGCUCAAGGAGGCGCGCCGCGAGGUCUUGGCCUUGAAAAAUGUGCUGCGGCGCCAGCCCUUGGAAUUCACGGUGGGGCAGUACAACAUCCUGGCCGGGUACAUGGGCAACAACAUGGAGCCGUGGUUCCUCUAUGGCAUCGACAUGUCGGAGGCCCGGCGCAAGGAGGUCUUUCGGCUCCACGGGGCGCGGGGCAGCGACGGGAAGCCGGCGAACCCGGGCUGGCCCAACUACGUGCGGGGCAUCUUGACGGAGGAGGAGAUCCGACGGGUGGAGGAGGUGCACCGAGAGCACUUUGACUGGCCGAACCGCAAGGAUCGGCUGCUGGAGGUGAUCCGCGACAUGGACGUGGAUAUCCUGUCCUUGGUGGAGUGCGACCACUACGAGGACCACUUCAAGCCGGCCCUCGAGGAAUUGGGCUACGACUCCACCUGGCGCAAGCGGCCCCGACCCAGCAGUGCCGAUGGGUGCUGUGUGGCUUGGCGCCAGGGCGUCUUCGAGAUGCAGGCCGAGCAGUCGGUGGAGUUCAUCGAUAAGCUCUGCCCCAAGGAGGGCAAGGUGUACAAGGACCGCAUCGCGGUGAUCGCGCUCCUCCGGUCCUGCGUGGCAAAGCAGAGGGUCUGCCUGGUGUCCACCCACCUGCAGCGCAAUCCGGAGGACCCGGCGCAGGACAUGCUCAGGGCUAGACAGGUGGGCCAAGUCUUGCGGGCCUUGGUGGAGUUCGCGACCCAGAACAACGCCCUGGACGCGCCGGUGAUCCUCACAGGUGAUCUCAACUGCACCUCCUUCGGCCGACUCCGGGGAGUUGCGAACACGCUGUCGCUUCUGAACCGGGAGGUGGUGUUGCACCCCUUUACCUUUGACUGUGCGGACGUGCCGACGGGGGUCACCUCGGUGACCAUGGCCCGGUGUAUGCGCAUCGACGCCAUCGUGUAUCAGUCCCAGUGCUUAGAGCUCGUGGACGUUCAGGAGAUCCCGGACGUGAGCCCGGCGGAGCCCAUCCCCAGCGCGCAGCAGCCCUCGGACCAUGUGCCCAUCGUGGCCCAAUUUCGCACACGGAGCCACUACCACACCAUGCAGCAGGUGGCCCGAGCACCCCGGCAAUGGUCAAGGGCUGCAUUUCUCCGCCAUGAGUUCUAA